CUGGGCAUGCGCUGAGACUGUGGGAGGCAGUUAGAUCAGCUGCUCGUUGUUUGGCAUGAAAUGAGAUAAAAUGUGUAAACGUGAGUUUUAUUUAGAACUUCAUUGUAUUUCAAAACCAUCAAGACUUUUUUUUUUUUUUUUUUUUAGGUGGCGUACUGGAACGUUGGCAGGUUGGUGUGCACUGUAAAGGACCCAAGAAUCAGCUGAUAUUAUUAAUGCAAAACAUUUAUCUCGCUGGUUCCCUUCAGUCUUAUCAAAACGGCACUUUAAUUGCUGUUAAUUGCCUCUCUAAUUUUGCAACUCGGCGUCAGAUUACAAAGAGAAUGAAAUUUGAUACAUGGCUUAUUCUGGCCGACUAACAGUGCCAUAAAAACAAAAAAAACAAAAACAAAAGAAAUGUUGCCAAAACAAGUUGAUAAUGGGAGGUUGACAUUGAUGUAUUAUAUUCAAAAGUGCUUUCAAUGUAGUUUAAAACUUAAGUAGUGUAUUCAGCAUUCGUCAACUCACAUGGUGUUUAAAAGCAACACUGAAUUUAAAUUAUUAAGCAUUUCAUAUUCAUAAAAAGCACAACUAUUUAAAUGAUAUAAUUAACAACUGUCUAACAAUCUAAAAUGACAUGUUCACAGUGUAAAAAUGGUCACCAAAACCUAAAAAUGCGUCCUCUCUUCUAACAGACACUUUUAAUCUGAAUGCUCUCCGUCUUCAAUCUAUUUUCGGCUUUCACCGAGUUACAGGAGAGUGAACAAGACUAAAGCUGGAUAACAUAAAGAAAGAAUAAUGUACAGCAGUUCUGAGAUUUUCACAAAUAUUAUUAAAAUAUAAAUGUACAAUUUAAUUAAAAAUUAAACUAAUGUGCUUGGUGCAAAAAAAAUGUGCACAAAAAAAAUCCUCUAACAAAGCUGUCUAAGUUUACACACCUUUAGACAUCUUGAAGAUGUUAUGAUUUAAAUGAUUGAACUCAUUUAUUUUCAUUUUAGUUUCUGUGUUGAUGAUUUUCUUAUGGUUCAUUUAUUUGCUUGGCUCUUGCCAUUUUAGUGUAGCCUUUGUGUUAGUUAAUGUGCUUUACAUUAGUGUUUCUUUCUAUUUACUUUUGAUGUCUGUUCCUGUGUUUUCCUUAAGUUCUCUCUGCUUCAUUUUUCUUUCACUUCUCCCUUAGUCUGAUAUUUUGAUCCAAAACACAUAACUGUCAACACCAAAUUUGGAAAGAGGAAGACAGAUUUUUCUUUGCUGUCAGUUACAUAGUUAGCUUCAUCUUAACCCAAACCCACAAUAGUAAAGUCUUAUCAAGAUGAAAUUGAAGUUUCAAAAUGGGAUAAUAAGAGCACAGAGCUAAAUCUGAGAGAAGAUCUACAGGGUCGACUGAAUACAACUGUUUACAAGCAAUGUUUUCACAAUCUUUUGGACAAAACGUGCAACACUGGUUGACUCAAAGGUGUUUUAAUAAAGUAUUGGUUAAAGGUUGCAACCAGGAAAAUGCAAUUUUUAAUUUUUUUUAUUUAAUAUCAAAGGAUUUUCAUCAAAUAAAUAAUUUAACUUGAAUUAUCCAGAAAGGUGGGAAAAGUUGUAUUCAUAUUGUUUUUUUGUUUUUUUUUUUAACGCCACAUAAACCUCGUAUUUUGCCAAUGAUGUGAACAUUUUUGGAUUAGGAUUUCAAGCCAAUUAAUUUCCAAAUUCACUCGCCAACAUAAUGAGGCCACAGUCUGAGCCUAAGAGAUAGUUUGGCAACAAAACUACAGUCAUUAAAUUCACUCAUAAAAAUAGUUGAACUAUUUCAACUACAGCUGAAUUAUUUUUAUCUCACGUUCCUCUGCUCUGAUGGCCAUUUGCCAUAGGAAAUUGCUAAGAGCUCCUAUUGUAAAACCAGCUUGUUGUUGUCCUGCUUUAGGCCGUCAACACAGAUGUCACAACUGAAACGUUCAAAUUUAUGUCCUGAAAGAUCACAUUCCAGCCUUGUAGAGAGUUACCAACCAGUUUCAAGUUCCUUCUCAACUGGCCAAUGAGGCUUUAUUUCCUGUUUGCCAGCCAUGCUACAUUCGGGACUUUCUCACACUGCUGCAUGACUGAUGUUACACCCACAGAGGCCAAGCACAGGAAAACCAGGAACAUUUGCCUCUUCUCAUCAAGAACAAUAGAUCAGCUUGCAGUUAACACACACUGAGACUUCAGGACGGCGUGUGUCGGAACCAACGCUAAAGAGCUUUCUUUUCUUUAAUACUGAGCGUUUGACAUUCGUAAGGUAAGGGUCAUGUCUCUCCCAGAGGAGGAUCUGACAUGUCCAGUGUGCUGUGACAUCUUCAGGGACCCUGUUCUGCUGUCGUGUAGCCACAGCUUCUGCAGGAGCUGUCUGAAGAAAUGUUGGGACACAAGGCCAAGGGAAUGUCCAGUUUGCAGAAGGAAAGCGUCCAAAUGCCCUCCUCUGUCCAAUUUAGCCCUGAGGAAUGUCUGCGAAGCUCUUCAGCAGGUGAGGAGGCAAAACUCUCUGGAGGAGCAGGGGAGGUGCAGCUUGCAUGGGGAGAAGUUGAAGCUGUUUUGUCUGGCUGACGAACAGCCCAUCUGUGUGGUGUGCCAGGCGUCCAAACUUCAUAAAAAUCACGACUGUUCCCCGGUUGAAGAGGCACUUCUGGACUGCAAGGACAAACUGGAGUUCACGCUGAAAAGCUUGGAAAGCAAACUGGAGUACCUCAAGAGAAAACACCAGACCUCUGCUGACAUGUUGGCAUACAUUAAGUAUCAGACACUGGCCACUCAAAAAAAGAUAAAAAACCAGUUUGAGCAGCUACAUCAAGCCCUUUGUGAUGAAGAGUCGGUCCGCAGAGAAGCCGUGAAGAAGGAGGAAGAGGAGAAGACUGCAUCGAUCAAGAAAAAAAUUAAUGGACUUUCAGCAGAAAUGCUUUCUGUCGCUGAGACCAUCUCUGCCAUCAAAACACAGCUCAAAGAAGAUGACAUGAUUAUAUUAAAGAAUUUUAAAGCCACUCAGGAAAGGGACAAAGAUAUGGAGGAUGAUUUAGAUGACAUGUCCGGUUUACUGUUGGAUGCAGCAAAACACCUCUCUAACCUGAAAUACAGUGUCUGGGAGAAAAUACAGGACAACAUUGACUACACCUCUGUAACUUUAGACCCAAACACAGCACACCCAUGCCUCGUCCUAUCCGAAGACCUCACUUCCCUCCAUUACUCACAGCAGCCCAGCUGUUGCCCUGACAACCCUGAGCGCUUCCACAUGAGUGCAGAAGUGGUAGGAAUGACCUUGCGCGGCUCAGGAAGCCACCACUGGGUUGUGGAAACAGGAAGUAAUCAAGACUGGCUCCUGGGCGUGGCCUCAUUGUCUGCGGCGAGGAACGCCGAGGUCGCAGCUCGGCCUGAAAAUGGUUUUUGGACUUUGUGCUUCCGGGACGGAGAGCUCAGAGCAAUGAACUCGCCGCCCACCCUGCUGACUGUUACAACUAAGCCCAAACAGGUCAAAGUUCAGCUGGAUUACAGCAAGGGAACAGUGUCAUUUUUUGACCAUGAGGACAAUUCACUCCUGUAUGCUUUCACGCAGACAUUCACAGAGCCUUUAUUGCCGUAUUUUUAUACACAGAGUAGUCACCCUCUGAGAAUAAUGCCAGAGAAGUUGCUUAUCACAGUGCUGCGCCAGUAAGUAGGUUUUCUUUCUUUCUUCUUUUUUUUUUUUAGUUUUCCUGUUUUCCCAAAACAAUGUUCCUGAAGGUCUGCCUUCAUUUUACACAUUUCUGGACACAGAAACGUUAAGCACAGAAACGUCCAGCUUUUAGUUCAAACCAACGCCAUCCUCUCAAAUCCAAGUGAACACUAAACUUUGUUCUUAGGCAUUACAUAAAAAACUCCCCUUCCCAAAUUGAAAACAAGCAGCGUUUUGUAAAAGUAUUCAGAUUUCUUCAGCUUUUUACAUAUUUUGCCAUGCUAAUUAAGCAAACAUUAUAGUAUUUUAUUAGGAUUUU